AUGACACCACAGGUGAUCAUAUUGGAGCAUGUGCCGCUCUUGGUCAAUGGCAAGGUGGACCGCCAGGCCUUGCUAAAAAUCUAUGAGACCGCUAAUAACAAUCAGGGAGGAUCGGCUAGUGCUCUGGACUUUGACUACAGUCAGGUGCCCGAGGAGCUGAAAUUGACGGCACGUGACCUCUUUGAAACCGUGAGCAUUGUCAUUGGACGUUCUAGACGGGCAACUCUCUCAGCCCAUAGCAACUUCUACGAGCUGGGCGGCAAUUCACUCAAUUCUAUAUUCACGGUCACUUUACUGAGGGAGAAAGGCUACAAAAUCGGCAUCUCAGAUUUUAUAGCAGCAAAAAAUCUGGGAGAGAUUAUCGAAAAGAUGGCUAGCAGCCAUGGUGCAGUACAGCUGGAAGAGGAGACGCUCAAUGCAUGCCCACAUCUUAAAAUGGAGGCGGUGCUGCUGCAGGAAGAGCAUCAUCAGCCUGUGAGUGACAUAAUCGUAUCCAGUUUCCACAACAAAGGCGAUCUGGAGCAAUGGCUUAAGCCUGGCGCUUUACCCACAGAUUACAGUGAUCUACUCGAUGAAAUGUGGAGCGUCCUGGUUGAACGUGAAUUGAGCUUUGUAGUAUACGAUCGAAAUACGGAGCGCAUCAUCGGUACCGCUCUCAAUUACGAUGCUCGCGCCGGGCCCGUGGUGGAAAUCAAGUCCGAUCUGGUAACAGUCUUCGAGCUUAUAGAAUUCUGCGAAGGACCCAUACGAGACAACUAUUUGCCCAAGGGUGUGAAUCAAAUCCUACGCUCGGGCAUGAUGGGCACCGCCGAACAUCUGAACCCGCGCGAGAAUGUUGCUUGCAUACACUUCAUGGAGAACGAGGUGCUAAACGUGGCGCGCAAUAAAAAUUUCGCCGGCAUCUUCACUACCAACACCAGCCCACUGACCCAGCAGCUGGCCACUGUAAAUCAGUAUAAGACGUUGCUCAAUUACCAGGUGAACGAGUUUGUUAGCUCUGAUGGCAGUCGGCCUUUCCGAGAUGCACCAGACGAACAGCGCGCCAUCGUCCAGUGGAAGGAAGUAAGCAGCAAGUAG